UUCAGAACAAUUCCCGGUGCAGACCCAAGGACGGACCAUGAACUACGCAGAUCGAGUUCGUGUCCUCAGCUUGCGCCGAAACCUGAAUCAACUUGACGGUCUCACCAAAGAAAAAGAGAUGCUCAUUCAGAAAACCAGAGAAGAGUUGAACGCUUGCCAUUCUCGGCUGGACACACUCACCAAGCAGCAGAGGAACGUGGAGAAAGAAAUUGAGAACGAGAAGGAGGCUGGGAAUAUGUAUGUAGCUCUGCCUGCUUCCCCAGGAUGUGCCCAAGGGGUUUUAACAAUUCAUUAUUUCCAAUUUUCUUCUCCUUCCUUUCUUUUUUCCUUCCUCUCUCUGCCCCUCCCCGCUACCUUUGAAUGGAGCAGCACCACCGUGUUCCGCCUACAGGCAUUGCAUCGGCGCUUGUGUGGUGAACUGGGAAAUGAAAAGGACGUGGAAUCAAAAAUCAGUGCGAUGCUAAAUGAAAACGUGUUUGAGUUAUGGAAGAUUGAAAUCGAGCAGGGGAAUUUUGCCGAGCUGCACAAGCAGGUCAAGGUAGAUGAGGCAGAGCUCGACCGACAGCACCAAGAGCAAGCAGGCGGACGGCUCCAGAAACAGAAUAUGAAGGCCCAGCUCCUGAACCAGAGAUGGCUGAGCACAGAAAGAAAAAUACAGGAAGCCAGCAAAGCUUAUGAAGAAAAUCUUACCAAAGUGUUGGAAGAUUCUCAGAGGAACCAUGCAAAGGCAGUCCGGUUUCUGAAGGACAGUUUAGGAAAGGUUCGUGAGAAGGAAUUGGAGGAGGAACAGAGCCGUCAGGAACACUUGCAAAAAAGGAUGGAAACGGUGUUGUCUCUGAAAAACAGCAUCACUUCCAAUCGGGAAAAUCUUCGAACCCGUCAAGUCCUGGGCAAAUUGAUUGCACUUGAUGCUCAAGAGCAAGACAAGAAAAUAAAGGAAGCCAUUCAGGCUGAAGGACACAACGUGACCCGGGAGUUUUUUUGCCAGAAGCAACAGGUGGAGAUUGAAAAGCGAAAAAAGGAGUUCCUGGAGCAGCAGAAAGCCAGAAAAAUUGAAAUAGUCGCUCAGGUUUUGAAAGAAGAAGCCCAGAUGGAGAAACUGAGAGAGAAAUCUCGUCCCCAGAAACCAAAAGGCCGGGACAAACUGUCUGAUGCUGUCAAGUGGCGCAUGAAAACCUGGCGCUACAUUGAGGAAGCCUGUAACGAUACAGUGGCACCGGACACGCAGAAAGCUUGGCGCACCCCAUCGCCUUCCUCCUUGCUGCUGGACCACAAAAGCGAUAACGCCUCUGUAGAGACCAUCCCAGAAGACAAAGGCAAAGAGGAGGAUGCAGAUAAUAUUCUUGCAGAGCCAGAAUUUAUGGGGAUUUGGGACCAAGAAUACAACCUAUUGCAGGAACUGGAUGACAAAAUUGAUUCCAAACCCCUCCGUGUGUCGAAGCUAGAGAAGGACAUUUUUGCCCAGAACUUGGAGAAGCUACAUGCUGGAGUCAUUCGCAAACACCGUGUUUGUGGGCGUGAGUUUAAAGGGUGUCCUUUUUACAGCAAGCCGAGUCUCAUUCAUUUCAAGGACUUUGAUAUUGGAAAAACCUAUAAAAAGAAGGUGACCUUGAUUAACGCCUUCUAUAGUAUCAACUACUGCAAGUUGGUUGGCGUCAGCGAACAUCUGAAAGAUUUUUUCACUGUGCUCUUUGAUCCCCCUGGCCCAAUGUCUGCAGGAAUGUCUUGUGAAGUUGGGGUGACCUUUAAACCUAUGAUAAAUGAAGAUCUUGAAGGAGAAGUCACCUUUUUAUCCCAGAUUGGUUCCUUUUCCAUUCCCUUGAAAUGUUCAACCAAGAAGUGUCUGCUGGCUCUAGAUAAAGGACUCAUUGAUUUUGGCAUGCACGUGGUCGGGGAGACCAUUUCACGGACCAUCACCCUGACAAAUGUCGGGGCCCUGGGGACGCGGUUCCAGGUCCAAAGGUUGGGUGGCACCGAGGCUCCGUGUGCCGAGGAGGCGGCCCUGCCUUCCACCGAGAGGACAGUCUGCACUGCUGUGAGUGAAUUACUCAGCAAAGAAAAAAGGAGUAACUACAGCAUGGGACCUGUUGCCUUUGAGAAGGAUGCCGUGUCUCUGUCCCGCUCAGAAGAAAACAUCCAAGACGCCACCCUGCCGGAGAAACUGUGCAGUGAUGUCACUAUGAUCACCAGCGUUAAUGAGCCUCAGGCAGCAUCUGCGACAGAUGUCACUGGAGAGAGCCCAGAGGGUUUUCCAGAUCUCAGCCCUCCAGCGGACUCCCCAGAGGAGGAGGCCUACGAACUAAAAUUGGGCAAGGUAACAGAGGGGGAUAUUGGGCCCUUCAGUUCUGUCAAACUUCAGUUCAUUUUCACUCCAAGAGUUCCUGGGACCGUGCAGGCCGAUUUCAAGAUUACCUUUGACAACCCAGAUUGCAAACCGUUGCAGAUUGGCGUCAUCGCUGUAUCAAUGGCCGUGCCGGUGUCGGUGUGCAAUCCCACUAUUGAUCUGAAAAUCUGCAUGUAUGAUCGGCUUUAUCAGGACUGCAUCGUGGUUCAAAGCAGAGCGACCACCGCCUUGCGCCUGAAGUUUGAAAUUUGUAAGGAACUGGCCGGCUACGUGGAACUUCUCCCCAAAACAGGCUACAUCCAAGCCCAGUCUUCCUUCAGCGUGCAGCUGAAAUUUCUGCCAAGACUCUCUCUUUCGAAAGAUGCAAAGAAGUACUUUGAUGAGAGGACCCGCGUUCUGGAAGCCCCAAUGAUGAUCAUAGUUUCUGAUCAGAGCAAGCCAGUUGAAUUCACCAUGCACGCCAUCAUUACCACCUCAGAUAUAGAGAUCAGCCCAACAGAAGUGGAUUUUGGAUACUGCUCCAUCUACGAAGCUGUUCGGACAACAGUCACCCUCACCAACAAAGCCAUUCUUCCCCAGGAGUUUGGUUUCGUCGAGCUCCCUAAGUUUAUAGAAGUUCAGCCCAAUGACGGGUUCGGAACACUCCUGCCUCUGGAAAGCUUGACCCUGGAUGUCAUCUUCAAGGCCAAGAGGGCCAAGCAAUACAGCUUUGAACUUGUUUGCAAGACGGAGAUCAACAGGGAGUUCAAGCUGUUGUGCAAGGCUGUUGGCGUCCACCCGCCCCUUGUGCUUUCUCACUCCUUCGUCCAGUUUCCUGCCACGGCUCUGGAUGACGUGUCGGCCGCUACGCUCUUUAUUAUCAACCCCCAUGAAAGGAUCAGCCACUUUACUCAUGCCAUGCCAAGGAUCGGUGAAGGAGAAAUUGCCCCUGUUGGGCCCACUUCCUUCCAAUUCCUCGUGCCGGAAGAUUCUCCCAUCAUUAUCAUUCCAUGUGUUGGGACUGUCCUGCCCGGGAAGAAGUGCUUGCUCGAUGUCUCCUUCCACCCAGUGCUGUCCAAUCAACUGAUCAGGCAAGAGGCUGUUAACAUAGUGUGUCAGAAUGCUGAAAUGAAAGCUCUGAUGGAGAAAAAGGCCCGAGAACUGGAAAUUCAGAGGAAGAAGGAGGAGGCCAUGCUGGGGCGGAAAGAUGGGAAGAAGAUGACCAGCUUCUCCUUCCUGGCUGAACUCUCAAAGGACAAGUACACCUCAAAGCCCUUCGAAGUGCCCAACCCAGAAGAUAUCUCUACAGACUCUGAAGAGUACAUUGCUGCCCAUUUAUCUUUAGUCCGCAGUUUCACCAGCUGUUUUGACAAAUACAUCAUACCCUGCCUCGUUGCGAGUGGAGACAUCGAUGAGAAGAGAGGGGCUGAAAAUAUGAGCUUCAGUCCUUACAAUACCUUGUACUUGGAGCUCCAUUGCCCGUCCGUCGCCCCUGCUGUGGUGGUAACUUCAAAUAAUGGGAGGACAUUCUUCAACUUCGGGGACAUUGCAGUCGGGCACAGAAUCAAGAAAGAAGUGGAGAUCCAGAAUAUAUCCAACGAACACCUGGUGCUGGGAUAUUCCCUUCUCGAUCCCUUUGGGCCCUUCCUGCUGGCAAAUCCGAUUUGUUCGCUCGGGGAAGGGGAAUUCCGGUGCCUUGUCCUUACCUUCUGUCCGGAGGAGAGUAAGUCGUAUUUUGAAAUCCUGGAAAUCCGAACGGAGAAAGCUACCCUGACUCUGACUUUGACUGGCAGGGGAGUGAUCACGUCCAUUGCAUGUUCCCUGGAAGAAGAUGUGUUGAACAUGGGAUAUGUCGUCUCCAAGGAAACCACCACAUCCAUCUUCAAGAUCGAGAACAUUUCUCCUUUGCCCUUGAAAUUUUCUGUUGUCCUGGAGUCUCUUUCGCCGGACAGAUAUCAAGAGCUGCAGACGUUUCCCCCGUUCCUUAACACACCGAGAGAAACGCAUAUCGUUGGUACACAAAAUUACAGCGGCCUGAGUGUGUUCAGCGUCUUCCCAAUGCAAGGCAUCAUUGGUCUUGGGAAGUCUCAGGAGUUCACAGUCACCUUCAGUCCUGAUCAUGAAAGCUUGUAUUAUUCCGACCGCAUCCAGAUCUUGCUUUUUGAUAAGGAAAUCAUCCGGGUGAUACAGCUGAAAGGGGCAGCAAGGAACCACAUCAUGUACGUGGAAGGUGGGGAGCCGUUGGACGUGCCCUUUGAGUCGCUGGCUGUGGUGACUUCCGUGACGGAGGAAGCAUCCAAAGCAGAAACUGAGAAAGUCACCAACUCCAUCCUGGUCAGCCUGAAGUGCGUACAGUCAGAGACUCUUGUUAUCCCAGCAGUGCGGGAGUUGAAAGUCGGAGCCAUCCGGACCGCUCAGUUUGCAUCAAAGAAGAAUGUCGAAUUCAGCUGGGAAGGCUUGCAGGUUCUGCAAUUGAAAGGAUUCAGCGUGGACCUGGUGAAAGGGCUGGUGGAGCGUGGGCAGACCAAAUCCAUCAUUGUCUCUUGGGUGCCCCCUGCUGGCUCCGAUCCCAAUCAGCCGAUAACUGGAUCGGCCACGCUGGUUGUGAAAGGUGACGUGAAGGAAGUUUACGGCGUCUACUUUAUGGGCCGGAUCGUGGCCGAAUAAACUCACAACCGAGAACCUGCCCAGGAGGAGAAUCUAGCUGAGGCUGUGAAACUCAGGCCUUUCUGAAACGCCAUCAGAACACUGGAGGUUUUAACCCAAAACUGAAUUCCAGUUUUAUGCAUGUAUAACUUGUUUUAAGGGUUGGCUUUGGGGCCAAACCGUAUCUGCUGCUCCCUCUCAUAAAGGCUUUUUUCCCCCUGAACAUGCACAGAAGGCUCCAGGCUUGAUUGAAGAAGUCGCUUUUCCGUUCAUUUCUCUUCCUUGCUCUUGUUAGCAAAUAAAACUGUUCUUCAUAA